UGGACCGCCUUAGUUAAUUUUAACUCAGAAAACGCUCACAAUAUUUAACAUCAUCACCACACCCAUUUUGGCCGCCACCAGCCCUCGUCCAGUUUCAACCGCGCUCGGGACCCAGCCGCCAGUCCGCCUGCGCUACGUCAUCACAGCGCGCCGCGCGGGAAGCCGCCGGGAGAAGACGGGACGCCCCUUCCUAAUUCUCUCGCUUGUUUGCUUGCUUGCUCUCGAGUCAUCGUACGGCACAGUAGGCUCGGGUCCGGAGGACUCCUAAGAACCGCGUCAGGGGUGAAGUCUCCCCGACCAUGACCUCCACGGGCCAGGAUUCCACCUCAACCAGGCAGCGAAGGAGUAGGCAUAACCCCCAUUCGCCCCCCCACGACUCCAGCGUCACCUCGAAGCGAGGUGUUAAGAAGGGUGCCAUACUCUCCUCCAGCCCUAGUCUAGCAGAGGUAAAGAAGAAAGGCAGAAUGAAGAAGCUCAGCCAAGCAGCAGAGCAAGACCUAAUCAUGGACCUGCGAAGGCUGGAUCUGAACCUUGAGGCCAAGACACUGUCUGGCACUGGUUUGGUGUUCGAUGAGCAGCUAAAUGAAUUCCACUGCCUCUGGGAUGACAGCUUCCCUGAAGGCCCUGAACGGCUCCAUGCCAUCAAGGAACAGCUGAUCCAGGAGGGCCUCCUGGACCGCUGUGUGUCCUUUCAGGCUCGAUUUGCUGAAAAGGACGAACUGAUGUUGGUUCACAGCCUAGAAUACAUUGAUCUGAUGGAGACGACCCAGUACAUGAAUGAGAGAGAGCUCCGCAUCCUAGCAGACACCUAUGACUCAGUUUAUCUACAUCCGAACUCCUAUACCUGUGCCUGCCUGGCCUCAGGCUCUGUCCUCAGGCUGGUGGAUGCUGUCCUGGGGAAGGAGAUACGGAAUGGCAUGGCCAUCAUCAGGCCUCCUGGACACCACGCCCAGCACAGUCUUAUGGAUGGGUAUUGCAUGUUCAACCACGUGGCCGUGGCUGCCCGCUACGCUCAACAGAAGCAUGACAUUCAGAGGGUCCUUAUCGUGGAUUGGGAUGUUCACCACGGUCAAGGAACCCAGUUCACCUUUGACCAGGACCCCAGCGUCCUCUAUUUCUCCAUCCACCGUUAUGAGCAGGGUCGGUUCUGGCCCCACCUUAAGGCCUCUAACUGGUCCACCAUAGGUUUUGGUCGUGGCCAGGGAUAUACCAUCAAUGUGCCUUGGAACCAGGUGGGGAUGCGAGAUGCCGACUAUAUUGCUGCUUUCCUGCACCUCCUUCUGCCGGUCGCCCUUGAGUUCCAGCCCCAGCUGGUCCUGGUGGCCGCUGGAUUUGAUGCCCUUCAAGGGGACCCCAAGGGCGAGAUGGCCACCACUCCAGCAGGGUUCGCUCAGCUAACCCACUUGCUCAUGGGUCUGGCAGAAGGCAAACUGAUCCUGUCUCUGGAGGGUGGCUACAACCUUCGCUCCUUGGCUGAGGGCGUCAGUGCCUCACUCCACACCCUUCUGGGAGACCCUUGCCCCACACUGGAGUCCCCUGGCGCCCCCUGCCCAAGUGCCCUGGCGUCACUGUGCUGCGCUCUGGAAGCCCUGGAGCCCUUCUGGGAGGUCCUUCUAAGAUCAGUUCAGACCCCGGAGGAGGACAUCCUGGAGGAGGAUAGCGCAGAGGAGAAGGAUGAAGAGGGACUGUGGCGGCCCCCAGCGCUCCCGAUCCUGACGUGGCCCAUGCUACAGGCUCGCACAGGGCUGGUCUAUGACCAGCGGAUGAUGGGUCACCACAACUUGUGGGACAACCACCACCCAGAGAUGCCUCAGCGAGUCUUACGAAUCAUGCAGCGUUUGGAGGAGCUGGGCCUUGCGGGGCGCUGCCUCGCGCUGCCCGCACGUCCCGCCACGGAAGCCGAACUGCUCACCUGCCACAGUGCUGAGUACGUGGGUCGUCUGCGGGCCACAGAGAAGAUGAAAACCCGGGAGCUGCACCGCGAGUGUUCCAACUUUGAUUCCAUCUACAUCUGCCCCAGCACCUUCGCCUGUGCGCAGCUGGCCACUGGCGCCGUCUGCCGCCUGGUGGAGGCUGUGCUGGCAGGAGAGGUUUUGAAUGGUACCGCUGUGGUGCGUCCCCCAGGACACCAUGCUGAGCGGGAUGCCGCUUGUGGUUUCUGCUUUUUUAAUUCUGUGGCUGUGGCUGCUCGCCAUGCCCAGGCCAUCAGUGGGCAGGCGCUGCGGAUCCUGAUAGUGGACUGGGAUGUCCAUCAUGGUAAUGGAACUCAGCACAUAUUUGAGGAGGACCCCAGCGUACUGUACAUUUCCCUGCACCGGUAUGACCAUGGCACCUUCUUUCCCAUGGGGGAGGAGGGUGCCAGCAGCCAGAUAGGCCGUGCCGCAGGCACUGGCUUCACUGUCAACGUGGCCUGGAAUGGACCCCGUGUGGGUGACACUGACUACCUGACCGCGUGGCAUCGCCUGGUGCUUCCUAUUGCCUACGAGUUUAACCCAGAGCUGGUGCUGGUCUCAGCGGGCUUUGACGCUGCAUGGGGGGACCCACUGGGGGGCUGCCAGGUGUCGCCUGAGGGCUAUGCCCACCUCACCCACCUGCUGAUGGGCCUUGCCAAUGGCCGCAUUAUCCUAAUCCUAGAGGGUGGCUAUAACCUGACGUCCAUCUCGGAAUCCAUGGCUGCCUGUACCCGCUCCCUCCUUGGGGACCCACCACCACUGCUGACCUUGUCGCGGCCUCCACUAUCAGGGGCCCUGGUCUCAAUCAUCGAUACCAUCCAAGUCCAUCGCAGAUACUGGCGCAGCUUACGGGUCAUGAAGGUGGAAGACAAGGAGGAACCCUCCCUUUCUAAGUCAGUCACCAACCCUGGGUCAGCUAAGAGGAUGACCACGCCAGAAGGGAACAUUCUGGAUGCAGGCACAGAGAAGGCUGUCUCAGCAUCAUCUGUGGAAGAGUCCACUCUGGGCCAACCUAAGUCAGAGACUGCUAUGGUGGAGCUCAGUCAGGACCAGUCCUUGGAGGCUCCCACACAGAAAGCCAUGCUGGACCAGACCACCUCACAGGCAGCCACAGUGGAGGCCACAGCAGGCCAGACCACCUCAGAGGAGGCUGUUGGGGGAGCUGAGAUGAUCCAAACCCCUCCAGCUUUAUGUACUGACAACCAGACUCCUACAGCCUCACCUGAGCAAGGUGCCACAUCCCAAAUAUCCCCCAGUGAGCUGAUUGAGAAUCUCCGGACCUUGGAACUAAACUGCAAGGCUCAGGAGGCACCAGAAUCUCAGAUCCCAGAAGAGGAUAAGCUACUGGGAGAGGCAGCUGGAGGUCAGGACAUGCUGAUUCAGAGCUUUGGGGUCCAUGCUAACACUGACCAGGCCAUCUUUUAUGCCGUGACACCGCUGCCCUGGUGUCCCCAUUUGGUGGCAGUAUGUCCCACACCUGAAUCAGGCCUGGACGUGACCCAACCUUGUCAGGACUGUGGAACACUCCAGGAGAACUGGGUGUGUCUGUCUUGCUAUCAGGUCUACUGUGGUCGUUAUGUCAGUGCCCAUAUGCUGCAACACCACGAAGGGUCAGGACACCCGCUGGUCCUCAGCUACGUCGAUCUGUCUACCUGGUGUUACAGCUGUGAGGCCUAUGUCCACCACCAGGCUCUCCUAGAAGUGAAGAACAUCGCCCACCAGAACAAGUUUGGGGAGGACAUGCCCCACUCACACUGAAUCCCAGGAUGUGCUCCUCUUCUCUACCUUCUGAGGCCCUGGAUGAAGGGCAGCCUCACUCCAUCCCAUCCUGAAGACUCUUUUGAACUCCCCAAGGGUGCUGAUUUAAGCAUAAAUACUUGUAAGAUGAUUGUGAUGAUCAAUUGUAAAUCUCUGUCUGCCCACUGCCUGCUUGAGGGACUCUAUCUACUCUGCCCUGGAAGGAAAGGAGGGUAGCUCAGUGGUCCCAGGAGGGGCUGAUAACACUAAGCUGAUGCUUUGUUGGGAGGGGGAUCAACUGGCAGGUACAGCAGAGUUGGAUAUGUAAUAAAGUACAAGCUGUUACAAAACCUGGA